AAAAAAAAAAAAAAAAAAAAAAAAACUCACUUUCUUUUUCAUCUUCAGUUUCGUUCUUGUCAUUUAUCAAAUCUCAAUAUGCAGCAACCACGAUUUUAUCUACCAACUCCUCCACUGAAACACUGUACUACCGUAGACUCUUUUUUUUUUUUCCCCUUUUUUUUUGGAAUUUCUUGUCAGAAAUCCAUUCAUGCUUGGAGAUGCAGAGUACUAACCCCAUCAGAGGCGGCUGGAUUUUCUCCCAAAAAUCUCGUCCAUUCGCUCGGUUAAGAGAAAGAGAGAAAAGCAUAGAGCAGUUAAAAAUCAGUGCCCUGGUUUGUAUCUCUCCACUCUGCAAUCGGUCAAGAGAUCUAGCUGUUCUUCAGAAAAAUUCUCCAUACAAGAUUGGGCAGAGGCCGCAGAGCCAACCCACUGGUCUAACAUCCAUCCUGUUGAAGAUUUUUGAGCUUCGACCACCUUUGUAGUUUAAACCACCUCAAGAGAAGAGAAAAUGCACGUCAUUGACAGGGAUGGUGCAAUUUGUGAGUAGGUUUGCCGAGCCUGAAGAUCCUGAAUUUGCUCCGCCUGUUAAGAGGCUGAAACUCCUUCGGCAUUUUCUCAGGAAUUAAACGAAAAAAUUUCAAAGGAGAAAAGUCUUGAAGUUGUCUGGCAGGGCUCAAGAGCCUUCGAUCAUCUGCUCAGCGAGAAUCAAGGUCCAUGAACUGCGUCAGAAUUCGAAGGCAAAGCUGCUGAACCAGCUCAAGGAUCUCAAGGCGGAUCUUUCCUCCUCCGUGUCGCCAAGGUCACCGGCGGUGCACCCAACAAGCUCUCCAAGAUAAAGGUGGUGAGGCUGUCGAUUGCGCAGGUGUUGACGGUGAUAUCGCAGAAGCAGGAAGUUCUGAGGGAAGUUUACAAGAACAAGUACCUGCCUCUCGAUCUGCAUCCCAAGAAGACGAGGGCCAUUCGGAAAAGGCUUCCAUGCACCAGAUUAAUGUUGUGAACCCUGCCAUGGAUAAAGCAUUGGGACUCUUGCAAAAGUUUGCAAAAGCAUGCCAGGAAUUGUGGAUUAUGCACACUGUGAUGACAUGAAGUAUGCUGUCUUUUCUUGUCUUGCCCUGCAUAUCAAAAAACUUGAUGACACUGAAUUUUGGAGUACUUUUUCGUGGGCUUACAUACUGGUGAGCGAGUAUGAUUCGAGAUGGAGCUACUCUACAAGUCGCAGCCGUGAUUCAAGACGGAGCUAUUCAAGAAGCCCUGUUCGUAGUCCUUAUUUGUCAAGAAGCCCAAGUCACAGCCAUAGCUAUAGUGGCAGGAGCAGGAGCAUAUCUCCAAAGAGAAAAUAUUCAUUUCGAUCUCCCUCAGUAUCUCAUUCAAGGUUGUUUGUGGACUUCUUGCAGAUCUCAAUCCAGAUCCAGAUCUCCAGUUACUUCAGGAUCGCUAUUGAGCACAACUUUUUUGAAUACUACUUUGUAAGAUGUUCUUGGUGGACACCUAACUAUAUUUUACUUAGGAGUAUGGCUAUGUAUACAUUCUUGAUUUGGAUAUUUGUUGAACGGUCUUGUAGUGAUCUCUCUGGACUAAAUAAGUAAUACAGAUAAACUGAAUGAACAUUUUCACUACUAA